AUGGUAGCCAUAGGUAACUCCACCUAUGGCUAUGGUAACACCUGCUAUGGUAACACCACCUAUGGUAACAAUACCUGUGGCUAUGGUAACACCUCCUGUGGCUAUGGUAACACCUCCUGUGGCUAUGGUAACACCUCCUGUGGCUAUGGUAAAACCUCAAGUGGCUAUGGUAACACCUCCUAUGGCUAUGGUAACACCACAUAUGUCUAUGGUAACACCUGCUAUGGUAACACCACCUAUGGUAGCACCUCCUAUGUCUAUGGUAACACCUCCUAUGGUAACACCUUCCAUGGUAACACCUCCUGUGUCUAUGGUAACACCUCAAGUGGCUAUGGUAACACCUCCAAUGGCAAUGGUAACUCCACCUAUGGCUUAGGUAACACUUGCUAUGUUAACACCACCGAUGGCUAUAGUAACACCUCCUGUGGCUAUGGUAACACCUCUUAUGGCUAUGUUAACACCACAUAUGGUAACACCUCCUAUGGCUAUUGUAACACCUCCUAUGGCUAUCGUAACACCUCCCAUGGUAACACCACCUAUGGCUAUGGAAACACCUCCUAUGGCUAUGCUAUUGUAACACCUCCUAUGGCUAUGGUAACCACCUAUGGUAACACCUCCUAUGGCUAUGGUAACACCUCCUAUGGCUAUGGUAACUCCACCUAUGGCUAUGUUAACACAUGCUAUGGUAACACCACCUAUGGUAACAACACUUUUGGCUAUGGUAACACCUCCUGUGGCUAUGGUAUCAUCUCCUGUGGCUAUGGUAACACCACCUGUGGCUAUGGUAGCACCUCCUAUGGUAACACCACCUAUGUCUAUGGCAACACCUCCUAUGGCUAUGGUAACACCUCCUAUGGCUAUGGUAACACCACCUAUGUCUAUGGCAACACCUCCUAUGGCUAUGGUAACUCCACCUAUGGCUAUGGUAACACCUGCUAUGGUAACACCACCUAUGGUAACAAUACCUCUGGCUAUGGUAACACCUCCUGUGGCUAUGGUAACACCUCAAGUGGCUAUGGUAACACCACAUAUGGCAAUGGUAACACCUGCUAUGGUAACACCACCUAUGGUAGCACCUCCUAUCACCUCCUAUGGUAA